AUGGCACGAGAUGCCGAGGUGGCGUCUAGCUCAAGGGGCUCCCUUGCAGAGAACGAUCCCAUCAACCUUUGUGAGAUCAACACUGCAUCCUGGAAUUCGAACUGCUCACGAUCGCGCUCGUGGAUGGGUUCCUGGAACCCGCGCCCGGUACCGCGAAGCAUGCAGGACAUCAUGGCUGACCUGGCCUUCUUCGGACUUCACGAGUCCCCGGCACCAGUGACCGAACCAG